AUUAUAGAACUCAGAGUGAGCCGCAAGAGAAAACUCAGGCAAAUACACUUAACACACCCAAAUUACAGACACUAAUUCUUCUUACAGAAAUGCAGAAACUCAAAUUUCUCGUGCCGAUUAGCCGCUGUUUACAUAGGAAUGGCUUUGUUAGAAGCUUUUCUGCUCUCCCCAGUUAUACCCAACCCGAUUAUCUCCAAGAAGAAGAGGUUUUAGUGGAAGGUAGGGCUAAUUCGAGAAAGGCGAUCCUAAAUCGACCGUCUUCACUCAAUGCUGUCACUGCUUCUAUGGCUGCUCGGUUAAACAGAUUAUACGAAUCUUGGGAGGAAAACUCGGAUAUAGGGUUUGUCAUGAUGAAGGGGGGUAGUCAAGGAGCAUUCUGCUCUGGCACAGACGUCGUUGCACUGUAUCGGCUUCUUAAUGAAGGGAAAACUGAGGAAUGCAAAGCAUUCUUCGAGAGCUUGUACAAGUUCGUUUAUGUUUUGGGAACAUAUCUUAAGCCACACGUGGCUAUAAUGGAUGGUGUUGUAAUGGGAGGCGGGGCAGGUAUUUCACUUCCCGGGAUGUUUCGCGUUGUAACUGAUAAAACCGUUUUCUCGUCUCCCGAGGUUCAAAUAGGGUUUCAUCCCGAUGUAGGGGCUUCAUAUUAUCUUUCUCGUCUCCCUGGAUAUUUAGGUGAAUAUUUAGCUCUCACGGGAGAAAAGAUAAACGGUGCUGAAAUGAUGGCCUGUGGUCUCGCUACACAUUAUUCGUUGAAGGAAAAACUUCCUUGGAUUGAAGAACGCCUCGGUAGUUUAAUAACCGAUGAUCGCUCUGUAAUUGAAUCUUCUCUUGCUCAGUACGGUAGCUUAGUCUACCCCGAUGGAACUAGUGUUCUUCACGAGAUUAAAAAAAUCGACUCGUAUUUCUGCUAUGAUACCGUGGAAGAAAUCGUCGAAGCUUUAGAAAACAAGGCAGCUGAAUCUGGUGAUAAAUGGUACGCUACGGUGUUAAACAAAAUUAAAGAAGCUUCUCCGUUGAGCUUGAAAGUGACUUUACAAUCGAUUCGAGAAGGUAGAUUUCAGACACUUGACCAAUGCCUCGCUAGAGAGUAUCGUACGUCUCUGAAAUUUAUAUCCAACAAAAUCUCGAAUGAUUUUAGUGAGGGUGUGCGCGCAAGAUUAGUUGAUAAGGACUUCGCUCCAAAGUGGGGUCCACCAAAGCUGGAUGACGUAAGCGAUGACAUGGUUGCCUCGUUUUUCGCUCCUCUCGGUGAAGUGGAACCGGAGUUGAACUUGCCCGUUUCAGUACGAGAGCCAGAUGUUUGAUGAGUAUUAGUUUCUAAACGAAGAAGUAUCGGAGAUUUUAGAAGCUUCGUUUCGUUUUUUAAUCGUAAGGCAAGAAAUGCUUUAUGUUUUUUUGCUCCAUUUGCAACUUUUCGGAGAAGUACUGCUAAAUUGCUAAUGUCAUAGAUUUUCUUUUUGACUUCAGUUUUUUCAAAUUUUUGUAGCUGAGUUGCUUGAGCAGUAGUCUUCUUCUUCCUUUUCUUUUUUAUUCCUUUUUUUUUUUAAUUAAUUUAUUCUAGAAACAUCUAGAAGGUGUAUUGAAAGGGUUGUUUGGUGAACAAUUGAGUAAACACUAAAGUCACUUGAAAACUAUUUGAACAACAAAUAAUUUACUACAGCUCAAUUA